UGAGAAGUCUGGAGAGGAAGUGAGUCGUGCAUUUAAACGCUUAUUGUGAACAUCUCCAGGCAAAGAAAAAACAAAUCGACACGCGUGGCCGAACUACACGCAUUCAUUUAAUCCCCGUGUAGAUGCUCUGCGUGUUUCACACAAUGCUGCCUCGCUGUGAUGUGGUUUAGCCGCCGUUAGCAAGUGUCAGACUCACGUUACAGCCACAAAACUGCAGGACACACACGGGUGAGCGUGUGAGAGCGCGCGCGCGUGUGUGUGUGGCUUACGUUGUUAGCAAGCAUCCCGGCUAACGUUAGCUAGCUAACGACCGUUGGGGGACAAAUGAAAUCGUGUCCGGUCGGGACUACCCCGGGGCUCGUCUCAACAACAAGCCGACUGCAGUAACCCGAAGUUGAAGACAAGUUAGCUGGCAGCAGGGAACAUGCAGUGAGCGGUUCUCCUCGUCUCCUGGUCGAGGAACCAAACGGCAGCUCCGUGCCGAGAGGUUCUGGGUCCAGUCGCUGAGGUUACUUGUUUCCUUCGCGCUAUCUGGCAACCCGGACCAAACUGCGACAGCGCCAAUGGCAGCAAAACAUAACUGUUACAGGCGAGGAGGAUGACAGCAAUAAGGUGAGAUGAGCACCGUUAGAAGGCAACGAUGGCAGCGACGUACGUGCAGGAUCUAAUAGUUUAAUUUGCCUGCCCACAUAGGGGACACCGUGUGACUUUGGCUCUAAACAGAGAGCCUGUAGCGCUGAAGUCCAGCACUGAGUAUGAUUCCCUGGUUUCGGUGGAGGUGAGGAAGCAUGGGGUGGAACUCUGAGGUGUCAAGACGAAAGUGAUGACAGUAUGGUCCAUGGUGGAGAAGCUCAAAAUGGAAAAACGCCCAUGGAGGGAGGAGAACAUUAACUCAAACGAGGCUCAGCAAGCCACUGACGAUUCUGAGGAUGGAAGCAGCUCAGAAAGUGAAUCUGAAGAGCAGCAACUUCAGAAGGUUCAGGUGAACAACAGUGGCUGUAAGAAGAAGGACCCCUUGGCCGUCACAAAACCCCACCGACAGCUCUGCCGCUCUCCAUGCCUAGACCAACCCAGUUUUUCCCAGAGUAGCACUGUGCAAGAUUUUCGUGAGGAUGAGACUAGUGCGGGACCAGGGAUCAAGUCUCCCAGCAACAGAGAGUAUCAGACGAAGAUGGAUUUUGCUUUGAAGUUGGGCUAUUCAGGAGAGCAGGUGGAAACAGUGCUCAACAAGUUGGGGGCUGCUGCGCUUAUCAAUGACGUCCUUGCUGAGUUAGUAAGGCUUGGAAACAAAGUAGAGCCUGAACCUCAGCCUUGCAGCAGUACGGCCAUCACACCAAUAUCGCGGACCCCCUGUGUUAAAGAGACUGUUAGUCCAGAGGUGUCAGUGGAAGAUUCUGACUCUGUGGAUACCUUUGAUAACCUCAGGCCCAUCGUCAUCGAUGGCUCAAAUGUGGCGAUGAGCCAUGGAAACAAAGAGGUAUUCUCUUGUCGUGGUAUCCAACUUGCUGUUGAAUGGUUCUUGGAGAAAGGACACAAAGACAUCACUGUGUUUGUCCCUGCCUGGAGAAAGGAACAGUCGAGACCUGAUGCACUUAUCACAGAUCAAGAAAUACUACGCAAGCUGGAAAAAGAAAAGAUCCUGGUUUUCACCCCAUCUCGGAGAGUUCAAGGCAGGAGAGUGGUGUGCUAUGAUGAUCGCUUCAUAGUGAAGCUGGCUUAUGAUUCUGAUGGAAUUAUCGUAUCAAAUGACAACUACAGGGACUUGCAAAAUGAGAAGCCAGAGUGGAAGAAGUUCAUAGAGGAGCGUCUCCUAAUGUACUCAUUUGUCAAUGACAAGUUCAUGCCACCUGAUGAUCCACUGGGAAGACAUGGUCCAAGCUUAGAAAAUUUCCUUCGCAAGCGUCCUGUUGUUCCAGAGCACAAAAAACAACCCUGCCCCUAUGAUCAAGGAAAAAAGUGCACAUAUGGACACAAGUGCAAGUACUAUCAUCCAGAGCGUGUCAACCAGCCCCAGCGGUCAGUGGCUGAUGAACUCCGGGCCUUUGCCAAACUGUCUGCGGUGAAGACAAUGAGUGAGGGGGCGUUAGCUAAAUGUGGCACUGGCCCUAUAACUGUAAAGGGGGACAGCAACUCUGAGGCCAAACGUGUGGCACCCAAACGUCAGUCUGACCCCAGCAUUCGCUCAGUUGCCUGUGAACCUCCAGAGGCACUGUCCAUCGCUAGGAAGUCUGAGACAAAUUCAGUGCCUUCCCUUGUGUCUGCUCUCAGUGUGCCCACCAUGCAGCCUGCCAAGAGCCACGCAGCUGGGGCCUUGAACACACGAUCAGCCAGCAGCCCAGUGCCAGGGUCUUUGCAGUUUGCACACAGUUCUCUGGAGCACAUGUCUAGUGUACAGUACCCACCUAUUUUAGUUACUAACAGUCAUGGCGCCUCUGUUACAUACAGUGAACAGUUCCCAAAGUAUGACUCAGUUAGUGACCAUGGAUAUUAUUCACUGCACAGUGAUUUUUCAAACAUGAGCAUGAGCAGCAUGCAUAAUGUCGACAGUUUCUGUAGCAUGGAGCACGAGCAUGGUGUGUAUCAGAGAAAUCCCAGCCACUGCCCUGAGUCCUGCCUCAGCCAUUCAAACAGUGACUCGUUCUCCUCUUACGGGGACCUGUACCCAAGCUCUGUGGACAGUAGCUUAGAGGAGAGCAUGAAGGGGCAGCAGCAGUCUCCUGCACAAGGUAGGAUGCAGGCUUUCUCCCAUGGGUUUCGGCAUGAAGCACUGACACGGGUACAGAGUUAUGGACCAGAGGAACCCAAGCAGGGCACCCGUAAGCAGUCUGGGUCUCAUCUAGCACCACACAUCCAGCAUGUUGCCGUGGGAGCCAGGUCCAGCUGUCCUGGAGACUAUCCCCUCACUCAGAAUGUCCUCCCACCUUUGUCCUCACAGCCCACACGGUCUCUUGGUAUGACUCGAAUGGACAGUAUAUCAGAUUCAAGGCUAUAUGAUAGCAACCCAAUGAGACAGAGGCGACCGCCACUGUGCCGUGAGCAGCAUGCCAGCUGGGACCCUCUGCCUUGUGGUAAUGAGUCCUACGGAUAUCAUUCAUAUCCACUGAGUAAUAGCCUGAUGCCGUGUUGCGAGCGGGUGAUGGUCCGCAGCAUGCCAGACAAGAUGGAACAAAUCUGGAACUCUCCAUGGGAAAUGCCAUCUUCAGUUGAACAUCAAGAGCGGUAUGUCAUCCCAGACCACCAGUAUCAAACAUAUCGGAACCUUUGUAACAUCUUUCCUGCUUACGUAGUCCACUCAGUAAUGGAGAAAAACCCACAUUUGACGGAUCCACAACAACUUGCCGCUGUCAUUGUUACAAAACUGAGGUCGUCCCAUUGAGCAGUUUAUCUUGUUUAACAUUCAGAAGUGAUGUGAUAAGGGAAAUACAGAUUUUGAUUGCAAAGAUAGGCACUUGUUAAAUGUUGCUGUAUGUGCAACAUCUGCCCUCAGGAGUUUUUUUUUUAACGUCCCGGAUGGGAAAUCUGGCAAUCGGAUUUUACAUCACUAAGAGGACAUAGAAGUAAUCAGCGCAGAGCAAAUUUGUCUAAUAAGUUUAUCUCAAAUUGUAAGAUGUUUCAAUAUAUUAAAGCAACGUUUUUAUAUGAAGUGUGGUGCAGUUGAUAUGAGGUAACACCUUAUUAGAAAUCUGGUUCAUAACACAUUCAUACUACCUGAGCAGGAGCUGCAUAGCUUCUUAGCGCUAUAUCAUAUUAAAUCCUGUUUCUUUAAUUAAAUACAUGUUGUAUAAAAAAUAUGAACGAAGACCAGAAGUUUUUAGUUUUAAAUCAUCAUCAUUUUCAUGUAAUCACAGGAUAAAGUUUCCAGUUUCCAACAAUGACAAGACACGAGAAAUCAGUAAUUUUUGAUGAUAUGCUUCAUUGGGUUGCUGGUUGCUAUAGCAACUGGGGAAACACUGGAAAAUCCAGAAGAUGUAUCAGAGAGUGAGGAAGGAAGUCAACAAACAUGACUAAGCGUUACAUGAAAUCAACUUGAAAACAUUACCUCUUCUCUGAUGGCCAUUUGAAUAACCAUUGUAGUUUAAACCUAUCUUAAACCAUAACCAUGUCAUUACUAAUGCAGUAACAACAACGUAAUCAACAAAUGUAGCUUUGUAGUGUAAUACUGAACCUUUUUCCUCAUGUGAUACAUCAAAUUGAACUGAGUUGAUCAUUAAACAGGCUAACACAGUCAAAAUGAGAAUAACUUUCACCUCCCACAUUUGCCUUAUUGAAUCAGACAUAAGACUACGUCAACAUUGGACACCAUGUAGCUUUUAUCAGGAUCUUGUUCAGGCCCUGUGAAUGUGUUAUGAAAGGCAUCUGAAGUGUUUCUGGUGGAACAGGACUAUAAAUAACCUUGCUUAGGUCUGCCUCUGCUGUAAAUAGUUCUUGUGACUUUUUUGUGCAUUUCUUUUGAAGAUAAGUAAAAGGGAGGUAGCUACAUACCUCACAGCAUGAACUAUGACAUUUAAUGGCCUUAUAUCUGAAUGACCUCACGCUUUAGUCAUUGUCUGAGUGGUUUUGAUGAAAGUCUUAGUCAUUGAAGCCUCCUAUUUUCAAAUGUAAAGCACUAUCUCAGUAUCUAAAGAGAUAUAUUUUCUCAGCCUCACUUAACAAAGCUACUAUUUUGGUAGAAUUUGACAGUGCACAAAGCAAGCCAAAAAAGAGAUUUGACUUGUACACGUGCACAUAUCUAUGUACAUAUAAUCACACAAAAGCCAUUAUUUCAAAGUCAUUAAUAAGCUGCUAAAUAAUGCCAAAAAAAAAAUAUUUAUAUAGUGUCAGUACUCUACAUAACUUUACAUUUUGGUUCACAUAAUUGAUUGGAUUAUUGGACAAAUUAACAUCUGUGUUUGGAUAAUUUCCUAUGGUACUGUAUAGUUACCUUUCUGAUUUUAUUGGAUGCUAUGUCCAGGAUUUUCCUAUUUAUAUACUUGUCAAAUUUGUUGUGCUGAUUCUUUUCAAUGUGAAAAUAUUCAAAGUAUCUUUGUCUCAAACAGUAGCUCUAAUGGACUCCUUCAUGUUGUCAGUUGAGCAGUUUGUUUUCAGGAAGAGGCUGAACUUGUUUCUACUACAUUUACAUGCACUUAAGUAAUCCGAUGAUUUUCAGCUCCUGUCAGUGACCUAAUUUCUUAUGCAGAAACAAGAAACCUAGUUUCUUUUAUCAGUUUUUGGCAUGAAGAGAAACUUGCUUCACCCAGCAAUAUUCCUGAUUGAAUUUGGCUGUUUAUACACUUCAUGAAGGCUUGUUUACUUUGCAUGUGCUAGUGUGCAUGCUAUUUAUUCCCAUGCAUCAUUACACUUCGAGUAAUUACAUCCCAUAUUGAGUCUAUGCUCAACAGACCUAUUGAUCUUACUAUUUUAAUGUAUAUGGGUUAGUUUAGUUUAUUAAAUGGGCUCAGUCUGUUCCAUGAUUCCAAAUAUAUGCACCCAGUUAAACAUGCUAUCCCAUGGUAGUGCAUCAGUGUCCUUUUACUGAAAAAGGUUCUUAGAUAACACAUUAGUAACACUCAAAAUAUGGCAAAAAUGUGGAGGAGGGAGGGGAAAUAUCUGCUCUCUGACAAACCACGUGUAAACUGUGGUUUUAAAGAAAUUCGAUUGAAUGAGUUGUUCAGUUUCAUGCCUUAAACCUCAUUUCUGACAUUUACCUGGUUUCUUAUGUGCAUGUAAACGUAUCGAAACUUUGAUAAUGAUUUUGCCGGGCUGUGAGGUGACAAAGUUAGGGAGAAAAGUUAGUGGUAGAAAUGUAUUACUAGAGAUGGAAACAGUGUUUACCAUCACAGAAUAAAUGUUUGCACAAGGAAUUCUGCAACAGACUGAAUAUUUACCUGAUGUUACAGUUGUCAGCUCAACUGAUGAGAAUCUGUCUGUAACACUUUGGCCUGAGAGUGAGUUAGAUAUUGGACUUGUUUUGUGAUAUCUUGUGUGGCGUAUGAGGUUUUGAUAAUUGUUAAAAAAAAAAAAAUGAAGCGAAUGCUAGAAACCAUGUAGAAGAUUACAUUUACUGUAUGGCUUUUUAAAAGGAGGCUGAAUUGCUCAAAUACAGAUGUACAGUACGCAUACAUGCAGCCAGUCUCCAAGGAUCAUGGAAGGGUUCGGCUGUGCCUUGCAGCACAUUGCUCUCAGGAUGCUUUCAGUUUUCUAACUUUCAGUCUUGCCCUGCCAAAAACCAGUGGUUACUGGCAAGAGUCUACUCUGAUCUAGUAGUGAUAUAUUUUGUGAAGAAUCCUACAUGCAACAUGUAGUACCUUAAAGUUAGUUAUGUACAGUUGAAACGUGGAGAUGGCAUUGCAGAACUUUGUACUUUUUAUGUAUAUCCUUGUUAUGCACCUUGAGAUCUAGAAAAGUGGGCUAAUAGGGUGAGGCUUUACGUGAUGCAGCUUUGGCUAGAUGAGGUUGUGUUGGUGUCCACGAGGGUGCAAAGUUUGCUUAUCACUUGACUUGCCCAAAGUUUUUAUCAUAUGCUGAUUGUCUGGCAGUUGUUGAGCCAGAGAUCUUAAAUUAGACCUUUUUAAUUUUGCCCAUACUGGGGCAUAAGAUUACUAAUGCUGGAUGCUAAUCGCCCCCAGGUCAUCAGGUCAAACCUAUCACCUAUCAUCAGCUAAGCAUAUGCAUGCUCCCAAGAGGAUCAACUCUUGACUUUAGUGUGAGUUUAAUUGCCUUUUCUCUUAACCUCCACCCUCAGGACAAAGUGCUAACAUGAAACAGUCAUUCUGCAAUUGCAGAAAGAGGCGUUGUAACAUGUAAAGCCAACCCCAAUAGCAAGAUCAUGCUUUGAGUGCCUUUUAAAGGGAAAUGCCACUUAGUUUGAAGAUGUGCCCCAAGGACAAAUAUUGGAUUGCAUGACUUGAGCAUUAAGAAAAAAAUGUGGUCAGUAUGGUAUCACUUGCAUGUGAAAAAGAGAAUCGCUGAAGUCUCAAACACAAAGUCUAGAAAAUUGGCCUCCAAUUUGUAGGAAAUGGACCAGUGCCAGGCUAUGUUUUGAUGACAUCAUACACCCAAAUAUUUGUCCUUUGGUUUAGGAAAGUGUUUCUAAUUAAAAAGAAUAAUUGCAUGAGAGUUUUUUUUUUUAACUGAGUGGUAUUACUCUUUGAGGGGGCUUAUCAUGUGAGCCUGAUUUCUGACUCUGACUCUCAUUGGUGGUGCUUCAAAAGUAUAUAUAUAUAUAUAAAUAUAUAUUUCUUUAUAAUGUUUAGGUACAACUGUGGUAUAUGAACAGACAUAAAGAAAAAAAAAACAUUUGAAUGUGUUUUGCCCAAAUGAAUUUUGGGCUAUGCUGACUUUGUUUUUUCAUGAAAAAAGACAAGGCCACUUAAGGCCGGCUGUCUGUUCAUGAGAAGGUGAAACAAACUGCCUAAAUGUUUCUUCAUGUGAAACAAUCAGAUUGCAAGGCUGCCGUCAAGGUUGUUUCUGGCAUUUGGCUAAAAGUUUGCGCGCCGUCCUUUUUCCUUGAGAUUGAAGAAUUGUUGUUGAUUCUGAGAAAAAUGUGUUCUCAAUGCAGAAAGACUGCAGCACAGUAGGAUCCAAGAAAUAACACUUAAACUAAAACCAUCAACAUGGUUGAUGAUUGCGAGAUCCAGAUUAAGAACACUUGUGUUUUGAAUUUAAUAUAGUAUCAUGAUAUGGUUCUUAUUGUUAGUGAGAACCUUCUUAACUUGAAUGCUGGAAUAGUCAAUUUCCCUAAUGAGCUCAAAAGUAGAAUUACUUGGCUGUGUAAUACUUACUGUAAUGUAAGCCCCAAUGAAAAUCUACCAAAACAUGUUCAGGGUUACGUGAUUGGAUUGUGGGAAUACAACUUGCUUUAAAAAGCUAAAUCAUUAGGUACAUUAUGUGAUGUUCACAAACAGCUGAACCAGUUUAUGGCUCAGUAAACUGAAGUAUACUCAUACAUGAAAUUAGGAUGUUGUGAACAGUACAUGAAAUUAAUGUCACAUCAAUCUAAAUUUUGAUAAAACUUCUCCCUAAAAUCAUCAUCAGUCCAGUUAGAUUAUGGUUUCAUAAAGUCACAAGCUUGUGUGUAACUAUUUAUGGCACAGUGCCACAUUUCUGGCACUUCUCUGUAAUUAGAUGAUGGGUUUCAAAUGUAUUACAGCAAAUUCACACUCAGAAUACACUGAUGGUAUCUGCCUGUAUCCUAAAGGUUGGACUCUGCUAUCACAAAUUCUGUGUGGACAUCUUUCCCACAUGAACAAAAGAAAAGAGCAACGUAGGGAUGUGCAUUUUAUUGUUGUGCCUCUCAUUGUUUUUUCUUUCUUUAUUGGAAAUAUCUUAAUUAUGUCUCUGAUCAUAACUCUAAUUCUUAAAAGAUUUUGUCUCCGCUGGGCAGUUGACUACCUCCAGGACAAAAAAAAAACCUAACUUUUGCUACGAAAAGUUUCAAUGUUCCAGUAUUUUACUGCUUUGCUGAAAGUUUACACUAAAGACCGGAAUGGUGGUUCAUAGUCCCCACCCUCCCUUUGAAAGUGCCGCAAACAACUAAGCCACAAAUGUCUAGAAUUGACUUUUGCUUGUUGAUACAAAUUGUAUCUAUACCUUGAAUGUAACAAAAUAUGAAAUGUAUAAUAUGAAAAUAGUUUUAUUUAAAUAAAGGGGAAAAAAAUCAAUGCCAUAAUGUUUGUGACACUGUGUGUCACUGGGAGUAGCCCAUUGGUAUGUACUAAUUCUUACUGGGUACAGUAGUUAACUUACAGGGACAUUUACGUGCUACAUAAAAGUGCACAGAUACCCUGUGUACAGCAGUAAGCAUCAUGUCCUCUCUGUAAAUAGUCACACGUGUGUGUGUAUAUACAUAGAAAGCGAUCUGUAAAUGUAACAGUAACAGUUACUUCAGUUGUUCGAAUACUUAGAUAAUUUCUGUGUUGUAAUCUGUGCACCCUGUUUAAGUGCAUCUAUUUCCUCUGAACUGACACGUCUGCUUUAUGCUAUUUUAAUGGGAAUUCAAUAUUUUUCAAAUAUAUUUUGCCUAAUAAAACAUGCCAAAGUUA